AUGGAUAUAGAUCUGAUGAAAGAGUAUAGGAAAAUAGAUGAUAAUAUUAUGCUAAGGAUGAAUACAACUGAUACUCAUUCGGAGACAUCAUGCAAAGAAUUUUUUAAACAUUUAUCAGAGGCGUACGCAAGAAGGGAGAAGGCAAUAGACUCGUGCCUGAAGAUACUCGACGCAAGGUUAGAGAAACAGCAAAAGAUUAUUGAGGAUGAUCCGUAUAACAGCGAUGUUAAAAAUCAAAUAUUUGUUGAUGAGACAAAGCGGAGGAUGAUUGCCAAUGAAUAUGUAGUGGAGGACAUUGUAAGGGAGAGGAGUUUAACGGUGUUUAAGAACAAGUGUCGAAAGUUUACCAUUCCUGAAGAAUUCCGACGGUGGCUACAGAGACGAUAG